AUGGAAACGACUCGAAGACAUUCGCAACUCGUGUCCACACAAAGCGGUCGACAAUACGGACCAAACGGACACUUCGGGCACCGAUUGUCUGCGCGCCCGAAGCGGACACAGAAUUGGUUGACCACUUCACAGCACUGUAUACACAAACUGAAUGAGUUCUGCGAGUCGUUCACAAUCGGCGCUCAUGUCAUCAAAUAUGACAAACACUUCUUGGAUCAGUUGAGACGACUCGAGCGCGAGCUCAGGGUCUACGUCACCGACGCGUCCAAAGCCAAGAGUCGCCAAAUGGGACAAAGUCUGCGGCAACAGAGCGGCGGCGCCGAUGAGUCCGUUCUCGUCCAGAAGAUCCACAAUUAUAUUCAAAUCAUUGACACUUCUUUGGCCAGAGAUAAGGCCCACAAACACAACAACAACACCACUCACACCACUCCCGCACCGCAGACACAACCCGUGGUGUCGUCCGAACCGUUGGCCAAACGCUGUGUUCCGUCGCCGCCAGUGGUGUCCACUCAAGUGGUUCCCGACCGCCACUUCGCUCCCGAAGACGUGGACUACUAUAACAGCGACGAAGACUUGGCGACGAGCGAUGAGCCGCCGGCCAAACGGUGCCGAGAAGUGCCCACUUUUACUCAGCAAUACAUUCAAUCCAUUGAUGACAACAAUUUUAAAUUCAGUACAAAUGAUGACUUCUAUACCGCUUUCGAGACCCACGACAACAAUCUUAAGCCCAGUCUUAAGCCGACUCCUAAGCCGAAGAAGAGUUGGGAAUACAAAUACGACAAUCCAUUCACUCGGAAAGAGCCGUUAUUCUCGUGUAAGAGCAGCCAAUCUAUUGAUCCAAUGAAUUACUCUUACGAUGCAAUCAAUGAGACAACUCGUGAGUCGCAGAUGACUGAACAGAUGCCCACAUUUACUCAACAAUACAUUCAAUCCAUUGAUGACUUGGACUAUAAGUUCAGUGAUAUUAAAUACGACAACGAAUACGAAGAACCGGUGAAUGAAAGCCAAACAUCGGAUAUUGAAAAUCAAGCGAUAAAUGUAUGCGAUAUUGAUGUCAAUAAUUGCGGUUCACUUCAGAUUGUGAACCGACACAAGUGGACAAACACUGACUAUUGGAUUGGAACAGGAAUUACGCUGAAAGAUAUGCCUCAACACAAAGUGCGGACACAAACCAAACGCCAAAAGCAAUUGAAAUUUGUGUUGAAAAUCAUUUUGAAUCUCAUUGUGAAAGACAUCUAUUGUACAAAACGAGAUCUCUAUUACCAAAACGUUAUGCUUUUUGAUCGCUCGCAGCGAGUGGUGGAUGAGAUCAUCGACGACUUGGCCUGCAGUCUACACGUGUCGCGAACCAAACUGCACAUCGCGUCGUCCACC